CUUAGCCACAAAACGACCCCAUAACAAAUACAACCACCACCAAAAAAUUCACCGUCCUUUUCUACGGAACCUUAUACCUGUUUGUUACCAACCAAAGAGAAAGACCGUUACGAAAUAAAUUCAGAGUGGAAACCAACAACAACUUUAUUCUACACAUCACUCACCACUUUUCUCUCCUCUACCAACAAUAAUCCUUCGAUUAAAGGAAGAUACCACUUUUUUCUUUCCUUUUAUUGCUUUCUUCGCAGUAACCUGGAUUAAUCCCUUUUUUUUUGAACAUGAUGUUUUCUCGACAAUUAUAGCAAUACGGUCCUUAGGGACGCUUUAAUUCAACGGUCCUCCUCGGCCCUUGCUUUUCUCUGGGAAAGGCAUCUGACGACGAAGAACUUCUUUUCGUCUCGAACUCUACAUUUGUUGCAUUUCUACCUUUGACCGAUCACCAAUACGUCGAAUCGAGUCUUUUGAGGAGUAACUCGAUUGUUUCACUGCAGUCCACUUCGAAUCUUCAACCACAAACCACGACCUUUUCCUUUAAAUUCGGUCUCCCGCAACCAUCUCGGAAACCACAUUCCGAUUUUCAUACAACAAGCUUUUUCUAAUCGACCAUAUACCAACAGUCGAUCCUACUUAUAUUAUCUACUUAAUUAUACAUCCACGAUGAAUCUCAAUCACGACCGGAACCAUACCAUGGAGGGGCAAGAUACGUUAACAUGGCGUCCACAAGCGACUUCCACUUCAAAUAUGUCUGCCAAUGGCGACGAAGAAAUAAUAUCCGCAGACGUCGAUGAGCCUCCUGAAUUACAAACAAACGAAUUUACAAAAGCUCCUAUUCGUCCUCAAAACAAUCGCGCGAUUUCCCUUCUUGCAAAAGGUUUGAAGAGCCCGGAGCCCGAGACACAAAAACCUGAUAUACAUAUUACCACCGAAUUAAUGCGCCGCCGAUCUUUAAUGAGCACAGUAAGCUUAGCAUCGACUGCCGAACUUACCAGCGAUGGAGGCUUUACAAGUCCUGCUCGCACCAAUACACCUAGUCCACCAUUUCCCAAUACGUCAUAUUACUCGAUGACUCGAAAACCAACAUAUCCUCCGUCUAAUUCAGUCGUACAUCAUGAAGCGGCUGAUCCAAUUAUUGCAGUUCACGCGGAAAUCCUUAACGUUUCACCAAAAGCAGCACUGGUUGUACCUCUCGAGGCUGCUUCAAAGAAACGUUGUAUCAGUUUCGCUUGUGGUGCGCGAAAGGACCCCGCUCCAAAGACAGGGGUAGUUACCGUCGCAAAACCCGUUGAGGCUGCAGCUCCUGCAGUUGAGGCUCCAAAACGCAAAUCUACCAUUAAAUUUGCCUGUCCUUUUAAGCCUACGGAAAAACACGUGGAAAAGGCUGUGGAGUACGUGGAACCCACUGGAAAGACAUCUUUGAAACUCGCUGUGCCAGAUACUCUACCGCGAAAGCGCGUCCCAAGUCGAUCACCAUCUACUUCAAGAAAGCCUAGACCUGCUGCCACAUCCUCCACUCGCCCUCAUCGCGAAUCCACAGGAACCGUGAGACGUGCAUCUCAAAGCCCCGUUGCGAUAAGAUGUAAGCCAAAGUAUGUCAUUGCUGGCGAGAAAGAUUUACAAUCUGAAGCUGCUCGAUUUCACGAAUUCUGCAGUGAGGGCCUAGAGGAGGAUGAUUGGAUUCGCACAGAUAGCGAGGUCCCAAAAGCAAAAAUUACCAUCAAUGAUACCCUUGCAAAGGAGAUUGAAAUUCGCAAACUCGGAUCGGAAGCCGAAGAAGAAGCUCUCGAGGAAGAAGAUGAUGAAGACUUCGACGAUGGGAACGACUCCGAUAAUGAAGACGGCUCUGAUGAGGAUCAAGAUGAUUAUGAGGAUGACGAGACUGAUCGUGUUUACUCGGAUGACGAUGAUACGGAUGGAAAUGAGACAGAUAACGAAGCUGGCUUCGCCGAUUCUGAUGACGAAGAUGAUACCGAAGGUGAUUUUAAUUUCUGGACACCAAAUAGAUUGGAACAAGCACGAUUCCCUAUUCCAAAUGCCGAAGCUAGCACUUAUCGUGCCUCUGCAAACCGAACUGCUUCAGCAUCAUCAAUCGAAUCUCUUAACGGUAUGGCCCCUAUAAGAGAAUUGUCUAGGGGCAAGCGAAGACCAAGAAAGCCUCGCAGCAUCAAGAUACGCCCUGGAACCCCCGAUCUCCCUGAUAGUACCGAUUUUGUUUGCGGAACACUUGAUGAAGAUCGUCCUCUCGAAGAUGCUUAUGUUUCUUGUAUGGAAGCCAGAAAAUAUGCCAGGCACAUCGCUACCCCUCAAGAUAUUGAUCCAUCUUUCCCAACCUCUGAUCCUGAGGAUGAAGAAGAUGAAAUUGAUGAUGUUGCAAAGACAAUUGAGAGUGAUGAACAUGUUUGGAUGCAAGGAAAAUUUGAAGAUUCUGAUUCAGACCGCCGUCGUGCCAGGUCUCGUAGGUCUCCUGGACAUUCUCCAAGAAAGUUACACUCUCCUCCACCAAAACAACGUCUUCGCUCUCCACCUCCGAAGCAACGUCUCCGAUCACCGCCACCUAAGAAACGUCUCCAGUCACCACCGCCAAAGAAACGUCUCCAGUCACCACCACCAAAGAAACGUCUUCAAUCACCUCCGUUGCGCAAGUUGUUUGAGGAUGAAUCUCCUCACAGGCCACGUUCCCCACCACCGGCACGCACUAUUGAUUCUCCUCCAGCUUCACCUUCCAUCAUCGGAAGUAGAGCAAUUAAAUUUGCUCCUUUAGGAUCAAGACCAGGUUUGACCCAUACCAAGUCUCUUCCUCGAACUCCAAAUGCUUUCUGUCGUCAAUAUACUGCGAAUCGUAUUGCUGCAGCCAAUGAAAUUGCUGCAAAGGAUGACGGCGAUGGACCAUUACGUGGAGCGAUUGAUAUUGUCAAAGGUCUUGAGCAAAAGCGACAAAGACGAAAGGAGAAAUUUUAUCAAAAGCAUUGCGCCAAUCGUGCACGCAAAGGUCAACCAGAACGUAGACCACAACCUGGUAAAGGUGCAGAACGUAUGCGAGAAUUGGGAUUACUCAUGGCUGGCAAGACGGGCACUAAUGACCCAUAUAUGCUUUCUGCAUAGAUAUAUUGCAAAAGCAAACAUUUUCUAGUUAUAUUCUAUUCUUGAACUGUCAGGCUUUCUCUUUCCUUCUCUCUGGUAGAAGAGUGUUUUAUAUUUUAGAUGAGAUACCCCUUCUUUCGGAGUUUUGAGAGGAAUUGGAAGAAAGCCUAUCGGGAACCCGUGAUCGAUCGAUCGAAAUAUAAGACGACGAGACGGCUUCGCUUUUGUGUCAUUUUUCCAUGAAUGGAUGGAUGCGAAAUCCCGAUUAUUUUAUACACACUUUAUUUUGUAAAUAGAAAUAAAUAAAAUAUUCAAUAAAAACUUAUGACUUUAUAU